GCUAAGUGAGCUGCUGGGUGUUCUGAUACUUGUAGUUCCCCAGCGGAAAAAAAAAAUUAACAGAUGUCUUUUGGUUGACCCCCUCCCAUGCUAGGUGAGCCGCUUUGCCUUCUGAUACUUGUAGUUCCCCAACAGACGAAUAGCUUGCGAUGCCUUUUGGACCCCCUCCCAUGCUAGAUACCAGCACCAGCCGCCGCUUCACGCCGCCCUCCACCACCCUCAGCCCGGGGAAGAUGACUGAGACCUUACCCCUGAGUGCACCGGAUGGCAGCGCCGCCCUGGUGGGGAAGCUGAGAAGCGCAGACCGGAACAUGGUGGAGGUCCUGUCCGAUCACCCCGGAGAGCUGGUCCGUACAGACAGCCCCAACUUUCUGUGCUCGGUGCUGCCCACACACUGGAGGUGCAACAAGACCCUGCCCAUCGCCUUCAAGGUGGUGGCGCUAGGAGACGUUCCAGACGGAACAUUGGUCACUGUCAUGGCUGGCAAUGAUGAGAAUUAUUCAGCAGAACUCCGCAAUGCAACAGCGGCAAUGAAGAGCCAAGUCGCACGGUUUAAUGACCUGAGGUUCGUCGGAAGAUCGGGAAGAGGGAAAAGCUUCACGCUCACCAUCACGGUCUUUACCAACCCUCCUCAAGUGGCUACUUACCACCGCGCCAUUAAAAUCACAGUGGACGGACCUCGGGAACCAAGACGGCAUCGGCAGAAAUUAGAUGAGCAGACUAAACCAGGAGGCUUGUCGUUUUCUGAACGGCUCAGCGAACUGGAACAAUUGCGCCGAACGGCAAUGAGGGUCAGUCCGCACCAUCCGACCCCCACUCCCAACCCACGAUCAUCUCUGAACCACUCCACCGCAUUCAAUCCUCAGACACAGACUCAGAUACAAGGUGAGUCCCAAAGAUUAAAGUAA